GCCGUCCACCUCUGCUCCGCCAGCCUCCCCAAAUCCCAGCAGCAAGACGGCAACCACGCACCCAACUUCGCCUGCCACAGCUCAUGCCGCCGUCGCCAGCGGCACCGACAUGACAAGGCGCUGCAUGCCCGCUAGGCCAGGUUUCCCCUCAUCCCCAGCCCCGGGGUCGUCGCCCCCGCGCUGCCAUCUGAGACCCGGUAGUACCGCCCCUGCUGCAGCGGGAAAGAGAACAGAGAGUCCUGGGGACAGGUACCGUGCAGAGGGCUUGAGAAGGGGCCAGGUCGCGGGGGCAAGGGUAUUAGGGAGGACAGCGGACGGCCGCUUUCCCAAUUCCCGCCAUUCUUCGCGAGCUCAGGACUUGCGUUCCGGGGCCUGGCAAACCCCCACCCCGCCUCCGCGCAGGGGCUUUUGGGAGUACGAGUUUCAUUUUUUUUGUAGUUGGGAAGCUGUUCUUGGUGUGGGAUCCCAAGCCUGGCUGGCUACGGAGAACCCGCCUUAGGUAGACCAUGAUUUUUGUGCUUUACGAUAGUUUGACCCGGGGUCCUAACUGCUUAAUGCAUAUUUAGGUUGUUUUCUCGACAUUGUCAGUUCUACUGGUCCUGGUGGUUUAAUAGUAUAAACCUUUUCUAUGUUGUGGACGAAGUUAUGAGAAAAACCCUUCCACGAAUUACAUUAUAGUCCAGUAUACACAAUAAUUCAUACUUAAAAGAACAUACAGGUGUGGAAUGUGUUACGGUUUCUCUUUCAGUAACUUUCUGCCUCUCCAGAGGCUAAUUUUUUUAUAAAGAUUUCAUGAACCAGCUUUGUGAGAGAUACGUAAUGAGAUGGAGAAUUUUAUCAAAUGACAUUCUCUGACAAUAAAACAUGUUUAAAUUCUAUAUGCGCUUGGUUACGUCUUUUUUAUUUUAGGUUUAAAAUAUUGUAGUAUAGGUCCACAAUCCAUUAUCUUAAUUCAGAAGGCUGUGAAACCAAGUUUUCAAUAAGUUUGACACCAGUUCUCUUUUGGCAGCUUAACCUGACCAGAACUAAUGAGUCCGUCAAUUACAGAUUUCUUCAAACCAGCUUCAAAACAAGACAGACAUAUGUUGGAUUCGCCACAAAAAUCAAACAUCAAAUAUGGAGGAAGUGGAUUGUUGCAGUUUAAAAGGAAAUUAUCCUCACCAAAAAAAUCUAAACCCAAAAGGAUACCAUCAGAAAAGAGCCCUAUUUUAGAGGCUUUCUUGAAAGGUGUUAAAGAGCACCAUAAAGAUCAUGGUGUACAUGAAUCACGUCAACCUUGUGUGUCACUAGCCACCAGAUUUUCAAAGGGGGUUACAGAAGUCUACGUGCCUUCUUCAUAUUGCUUGUCAAAAGAGAUGAAGGCACGAAAGAAAAAGCACCGAUCUCCAGAGAGAAGGAAGUCAGUGUUCAUUCAUGAAAAUAGCAGGAAGGAGAGUGAUAGAGAUCGAGACAAAAGGAAUGCAGACUCCAAAGAUCAAGCUACAGUGGCAGAAGCUGACAUCUUCAAGAACAACUCCAGAAGUCUUAGCAGGAGUAGCCUAUCCAGGCACCACUCAGGGGAAAGCCCACUUGGAGCUAAGUUUCAGUCAUCCUUAGCAUCUUACUGCAGAGAAAGAGCACUAAGGAAGAUGAGAAAGGAGCAAAUUAAGCAGAGAAUCAACUCAGAAAAUUCCCUCUCAGAAGCAAGCAAUCUUCCCUUAAAAUCCCCUAGUAUAGGAAGAAACUUUAAACCAAGGCAGGAACAAAGCAAGCAGAGCAACGUCAUACCUGGAAAAAGUAAUCUUUCAAAUCUGGAAAAUGGACAUCUCUCAAGAAAAAGAUCCUCUUCUGAAUCGUGGGAACCUGCUUCAGCAGGCUCUAAGAAUAAAUUCUCUGACAAAAGAAAAAGGAACUCUGUGAACUCAGAUCUGAAAAGCACAAGGGAGUCUAUAAUACCAAGAGCAGAAGAGUCCUUCCUUGAGAAGCAUCCUGAUGGACCACAUCGGAGAGAGAAAUUUAUAAGACACAUUGCGCUGAAGACACCUGGUGAUGUGUUGCGCUUGGAAGAUAUAUCCUCCAAGGAACCAAAUGAUGAAGGUGAUCGCUCCUCUGUAGGCUUGGCACCUUCACACUCUGGCCACCAUUCUUCCAAGAAUAAUGACCAGAUCCGUGUGGCAAGUACCAAAGAGACUAAGAUUCAGAAACCCCACUUACCUUUACCUCAGGAAAGAUCUGCAGUUAAAAAAGCUAGCAGCCUUCCGAAAAAUAAAACUGCUAGCUCUGUGACGUCAAAGGAGACAAAACUUGUACCUUUACUUUCCCAUGUUCCAAGUGCUGGUUCCUCUCGGGUACCAUUAAAUGCUAAAAAUUGCACUCUUCCAGUCUCUAAAAAAGAUAAAGAUCGUUCCUCAUCUAGAGAAUAUUCUGGGCAUUCUACAGAGUCCUCCAAACACAAGGAACACAAAUCAAAGACUAAUAAGGCUGAUUCUAAUAUGUCUUCAGGGAACGUUUCUGGGGAAUCUUUGCGUUCAGAAUAUGGCACUCCUACCAAGUCUCCUCCGGCUGCUUUGGAAGUUGUGCCAUGUAUCCCAAGCUCUACUGCUCCUUCAGAUAAAGCCCCUCCAGAUAAAGAGAGUUCAGGAAAUUCCAAUGCAGGUAGCAGUGCACUGAAAAGGAAACUAAGGGGUGAUUUUGAUAGUGAUGAAGAAAGUUUAGAUUACAACCUAGACAGUGACGAGGAAGAGGAAACACUAAAAUCACUGGAAGAAAUAAUGGCUUUGAACUUCAGUCAGACUCCUGCAGCCGCAAGAAAGUCUCCUGCUCUUCCCAAGGGGCUUAGCUCUCAGUCAUCAGAUUAUACAGAACAUGUUCAUUGUGGAACUUACACAAAUACUUUAGAGCGUCUAGUGAAGGAGAUGGAAGACACUCAAAGGCUGGAUGAACUGCAGAAGCAACUACAAGAAGAUAUAAGGCAGGGCCGAGGCAUUAAAUCCCCCCUCAGAAUCGGAGAUCCAGACACUACAGGUGAUGAGGAUGGCCUCUUAGAAGAGCACAGGGAAUUUUUAAAGAAAUUUUCAGUUACGGUCGAUGCUAUUCCCGAUCAUCAUCCAGGUGAAGAAAUAUUUCAUUUCCUCAGUUCUGGAAAAAUUUUUAAUCAACAUACUCUGGAUUUAAGAGACUCUGGUUUUAUUGGACAAAGUGCUGUAGAAAAGCUUAUUCUUAAAUCAGGAAAAACAGAUCAGAUUUUUUUGACAACACAAGGCUUCCUUACUUCCGCUUAUCACAAUGUCCAGUGUCCUGUACCUGUGUUAAAGUGGCUAUUUCGGAUGAUGUCAGUUCAUACAGACUGUAUUGUGUCCGUGCAGAUUUUAAGUACAUUGAUGGAAAUAACAAUCAGGAAUGAUAUCUUCAAUGACUCACCGGUGUGGCCCUGGAUCCCAUCCUUAUCUGAUAUAGCAGCUGUGUUUUUCAAUAUGGGAAUUGAUUUUAGAUCUUUGUUUCCUCUUGAUAAUCUUCAACCAGACUUUAACGAAGACAAUCUAGUUAGUUCUGAAACACAGAUGGCAUCAAGCGGGAAAGGAACUGAAGAGUCAUCUUACAAGCCAAUUUUUUCAGCUCUUCCUGAAACCAACAUUUUAAAUGUGGUUAAGUUUCUAGGCUUAUGUACAUCUAUACAUCCAGAUGGUUACCAGGAUCGUGAAAUAAUGUUGCUGUUUUUAAUGUUGUUUAAAAUGAGUUUGGAAAAACAGCUGAAACAGAUUCCUCUAGUGGACUUUCAAAGCCUCAUGAUAAACCUGAUGAAAAACAUCAGAGAUUGGAACACAAAGGUGACUGAACUCUGUCUAGCCAUAAAUAAACUCUCCAGUAAUCCCCACAACCUUCUGUGGUUGGUACAGCUGGUUCCUAACUGGACAUCACGUGGAAGACAACUGAGACAGUGCCUCAGUCUAGUGAUUAUUUCAAAGCUUUUGGAUGAGAAACAUGAAGAUGUCCCUAAUGUCAAUAAUCUGCAGAUAUCAGUUCUACAUCACUAUCUUGUACGAAUGAAGCCUUCUCAUUUGCUAAAGAAAAUGGUCUUGAAGAAAAGGGCUGAACAACCAAAUGACGCCAUUGAUGAGAGUCUUCAUUUGGAACUUGAAAAGCAGGCCUAUUACCUGACCUACGUUCUUCUUCAUUUAGUUGGUGAAGUUAGUUGCUCUCAUUCUUUUUCUUCUGGACAACGGAAACACUUAGUGCGACUCUGUGGGGCUUUGGAAAAGCAUGUUAAAUGUGAUAUUAGGGAAGACCCAAAACGUUUUUAUAGAACUAAGGUGAAAGACUUGGUUGCCAGGAUACAUGGAAAAUGGCAAGAAAUAAUCCAGAACUGCCAGCCUACUCAGGGGCAGCUUCAUGACUUCUGGGUACCAGAUUCUUAACAGGAGUUGCAGUAGCACAGAUGUGAACCAAGAGAAAUUGAACAAGAGCUUUGCCUAGAGGGGUAGAAAGGGUUACUACAGAAUCCAAUGGAAUGCUAAGAAAAUAUGCUGCAAGUGUGCCACUUGACUAUCUAGUAUGAAGCUGGUAAUGACAAAAUUGCCAUUUCUGAAGUGGAUAUGAAACAUGAUCUGCUUAAUUGUUAAGGCAACUGGCCUUUCAAAGGAAGAGAGUCCUACGAAGGGAGGGGCAGAGUAGAACAGUUAAUCUAACCAGCCCCAUUAACUCUUCUUGUUGAACUGUAAGCAAUUAUCUUUUCUUGGAUAGUGUUCAUGGUACUUGGAUAAUCACAGGAAAUAUCUAAGAAAAGGGUUUGGACCAACGUGAGGGAUUGGACAUGGAAAUCAGCACUAAGCUCCAGUUGAGUUUAAUUUUCCCUCUUGGUUAUUUUAGAGUAAAGGGGAAGCUUAGAACUGAGUUUAGUAACAAAAAGCAUACAUCUCUUCUGUGUUUCCUAUAAGCCACAGGGAGAUUUUAAUUCAUGCAUUUUUCUUCACUAUUCAAGAUUAUAACUGUUAGGUUUUUAAAAUAACAUUCAGACAAACAAUUGAGAAACAGAAGUUUGGUAUAUUGUGAGAUCCUCUUAAGGGGAAAGAGGUUAAGCUAUAAAGUGGCUCUGUUUUUAUGCCAAAACAUUCACAUGCAGUUUGUUUUGGGUUUCUUUUAGGUGCGUAUAUAUGUAUUUUUUAAAUACUCAUUAAAUCUUAGAAUCCUGGUUAAAUCUUAGCAUUUUGGCUCUUGGUAGCCGUAUUACAGAAAUCUACAUUGUUAACGCUUAAUGAUCGGGACAAGUUUUCAAACACCUUGUUUUCACGAGUACAUGACCUUAGCAGAGACCUGGAUGGCGUUUAUUCUUUGAAACUGUGUGUGUGCACGCGUAUGCAUGUGCGUAAGCGAAAGCAUGCACACAUGCACAUGUGUGCUUGUAUUUUGAAGUUGUUGCACUUGAAAACCACAGCUGCUCUAAAUUCUUAAACACUGGAAAGCCAUCCUUUGGUGGAGGGUUAGUAGAAGUGCACGUGCUGGUCUUAGUCCAAGGGCCCUUUGAAGCCUUUGGUAGUGACAUACUCUUACUAGCUAAAACUGAUAAAUUCUUUUAAUGACUGAGUGUCCCUUUUGGGAGGGUUUGUUUCCUGAAAGUGAAUGUCAACUUUUUUUUUUUUUUUUUUUUUUAAUUUUGAUUUGGGUGACAUUGCUCUCCUGAGCACUCUCAUGUCCUCAGUUGUGGGGGGAAGGAUGGGGAAGGGAACUGGACUUGAUGUUUAUGAUUUGAGGGGGAGAAAAUAAAAUUUUGAGGAAUGACUUUCUACCUCUAAGUUGAGGCUUAGAAGUAAAAAGCAUUCUAUCUUAAAUUUAUCAUUUAAAAUUGCAUAGGUAACUUUUAAGCCCAUGUCAAGCAUUGGGCAGUUAGAGAUUUUAUAGAGAAGAUUUAAGUAAAUACAGUUCCCAAGAAACCUGGCCGACUGAGGCUCCAAGAGUCAGACCAACAAAAGUUUUAUUCUGUGUUGAGUUUACUGGUAAGAAUAUUAUCUUGAUACUACCUCUCAAGGGUAUUAUUACAAAAUGCCACUUAUGGUUAAAGAGAUAGAUAGAAAGAGUUAUGUUUGACAGAAGCUUGAAACUCUGGCAUCUAUCUGCCCAACAAUAGAGGCUUUCACUCUGUAAUUUAAUACUUUGUAGAUACAUUGUUUGUGUGUAAUUUUAUAAGUGUUCAUAGUUUUCUCAUUUUGCAUUGUGUAAAGUGUACAAAAUCUCAAAGUAUAAAAUACUGCUUAUAUUGCUUGUAAUUACAGCGUGUAAAUAUUUUCUAAUCGUGUACAUUGAUGGGGGGACAAGUGGGUUAUUCAGGUUUUAUUUUUUAAGUGACCCUUUUAUAUUGCAGUUUCAACAAGAUAACUGCCCAUCAAAUUUAAAAUCACUUUGAUACAUUUUUAUUUAACAGUUCCAGUAAAAAUAAUCUAUUUUUAAUUGACUUCAUCUGUUUUCUUUAAAGAAGAUGACCAAAUGUCCAUUUAUGCCCUUAUAUUUAUGACUCUGGUAGAUGACUUCAGUCUCUGGGUCACAGUCCAGUCAGUAUUUGCAUUUGGAUUCUCAUAAAAAUUUGGUGAUUCUCUUUCAGCACAAGUAGUAGCCCAUGGAUUUUCUCCCAAAUCAAGUAUUUUCCUUCUCCCUCUUGAGUCCCCAUGCUUUGUCUCCCUCCUGCUUCUGUUGCCCAGUGAAUGGGAUGGUAGGGAGAAAAUGUUCAUUGCACAGAAAAUGUCAGGCCACAUUUGGGACUUGGCAAACAAAGCUUGCACUGAGUGGUGGUGUGUUUGGCAAUAUUACUGUGCCAAAAAUCACCUUAUCUAAUUUUCUGGAUAGGUACAUCAAACUUAGACCCUUACUGCAAGCCGAAAAUUAAGGUACUUGUGUUUAUGCUUUUGUGUGUAACUGUUUGCCUUUUCUAAACUGCUUUUCUUGUUAUCUGGAAAUAUAAUUAUAUCGGUUAUAUCAUGUUAUGUGAAGAGGCUGUCUAUGGACAAAACAUGCAUCUAUGUAGCAGUAAUAGCAUUUGUACAUUUCCUGUCUCCUGAUGGCAGUGGUGCCUUUGUCACCUUCUAGAAGGUUGGCAUUUUGUCUUUGUUUUGAAGUGCAAGUAGUAGCUUGCUUUUGACUUCACAAAAUUUCCCCAAAUGUAAAAGAUAGAAUAUGGUGUGUUGUCAUCCAGGCUCAACUGGAGCAUUUGCAUUAGUAUUUCUGUCAAAACAAGUAUAGAUGGUGGGGACUGGCCAGUAUUAAAGUGUGAAGUCGUUAAGCCAAGAGUAAUUUUUAAAUAUUAAAAAAAAAAAAAUUUAAGAG